GAUCGGAGCGACGCGACGCCGCUCGACUUGUGUCCUCCGACCUAACCUCCAACGUCCGCGGAGUGUUUCGCUCGUCGUCAGUCUCGCUGCCUACAAAUUAUCUUGAAGAUAUAAAUUUCAGUCCACGCACGAAGAGAGCUAGAGCCGCAAGAUGUCGGAGCGCAAAGUUUUGAACAAAUACUACCCGCCGGAUUUCGAUCCGUCGAAGAUUCCGCGCAUGAAACUGGCGAGAAAUCGCCAGUACACCGUGCGACUGAUGGCACCGUUCAACAUGCGGUGUAAGACAUGCGGUGAAUAUAUCUACAAGGGCAAGAAAUUUAAUGCGCGUAAGGAGGACGUCGAGGGCGACGAUUACCUGGGCAUACGCAUUUACAGGUUUUACAUUAAGUGCACCCGCUGCCUGCAAGAGAUAUCCUUCAAGACCGAUCCGAAGAACACGGAUUACGAGAUCGAGGCGGGCGCCACGAGAAAUUUCAUGGCGUUGAAGCUGGCCGAGGAGCAGGCGCAGAGGGAGGAGGACGAGGAGAAAGAGGAGGAGGCCACCAAUCCGAUGAAGCUCCUGGAAAAGAGGACGCUCCAGUCGAAGCAAGAACUGGAGUUGUUGGAAUCUCUGGAGGAGUUGAAGGAUCUAAAUCGAAGGCAGCAGACCAUAGAUUACGAUCAGAUGUUGGAGCAAUACGACACCGAAGCUGCCAGGCAGAGGACGGAGAAGGAACAGGAAGAGUUGGACGAGCAGUACGUUAAAUCUGUAUUUGGCAAGAGACAAUUGACCGGGACUGUUGUGGAGGAAGAAAUUGAGGAGUUGGUUGGAGGAGAAGAAGGGAAGAGAGAUCAACCUCCUAAAAAAGUACUUAAGACAGACGAAGCAGAUGGCAAAGAAACAGAAAAUUCUGGAAAUUCUUCAAAAUCCGCUAAAGCGUCAUUGUGGUCGGAAAGUAUGGGAUUAUCAUCUGGUAAGAAGAAUUCGUCUUCUUUGGUGAAGAAAAGCAAUAUUGGUAUAAAAAUAAACGCUAGAUCGGUACAGAAUAAAACAUCCACGACCGAAAAUGCUGUUUCCUGCGAUAAGGAAACUGCUCCACAGUCGGACAAAGCACUUAACACUUCAACGAGUACAUCGAAUACGGUAAAUACAGACACCAAAUCUGAUAAUAUCGGCAACAGUCUCUUGUUAUUAGGUGCCUAUUCGGGUAGCAGCGAUAGCGAUAGCGAUUAAUGAAAGAAAUAAAUUAAUAUAUUUUUCAUGUAUAUAUUUUUAUCCAAUAGAGUAAAAUAUUGUACAAAAUAAAUGGGGUCUACAAAAAGUAAUUUGUAUAAACACGUUAUUCGUUUUAAAGUAUACGAUAUAUGUAUCACAUGAAAUUUUAGAUUUAGACAUUUUAGGUACGCGAAUUAGAUAUCAGACAUAUACACAAUUUUGUGUUAAAUCCAAAGAAGUCGUAGGUUGAUACUUACAGGCCGACGAUUACAGAGUUUCUUACAGGAUGCCGAAGGUUCUACUCCUAAAACAUAAAAGGAUAAGUUAUCAGAAAUGUAGAAAAAUUGAAAUUUGGUCUUUUUGCGAGGCUAGGCACUCUGUAAGAAAUUCCGUCGUCGAGUUAUAUUCAUAUCGAUACAAUGUAGCAGGGAGUACCUAGCCUAUUAAAACGGGCCAAUAAUUAACAUAUUUGAGACGAAAAAAAUUGUAGAAAACUUUAAAAAUGAUAUAAUAAAAAAAUAUGCAAGUAAAAAUUUGUAUAAAAAUUUUUUUGGUCGGUCUCAAGUAUGUUAACGUCCACUUAUCUACAAUAUGUCUGUAAUGACAACGAUUAAUUUACUAACAUAGUGGGUAUUUGCGAAUGUGUACUAUGUUAUUAACUUAUUGAAUUAACGAAUAAAAAAUUAUUAAUGCAAAAUCAUAAAA